CACUGUGAGGGGGCAGCACAUGUAUUAUUUCCGUGAUUUAAGCAAAGUGAACCCCUCUUUGAAGAACCGGGCGGCGCAAGCGCAUUAAGAUCUUCUGGUUAGAGUGUCCAUUUUGGUAACAUACUUCCACACGUAAUAUCAAACAAUGGCAGAUAUGGAAGAUACUCAUUUUGAGACUGGUGACUCUGGUGCAUCAACCACUUACCCAAUGCAAUGUUCAGCAUUGCGUAAAAAUGGUUUUGUCAUGUUAAAAUCACGUCCAUGUAAAAUUGUGGAAAUGUCUACAUCAAAGACUGGCAAGCAUGGUCACGCUAAGGUCCAUCUUAUUGGAAUUGAUAUUUUUUCCUCAAAAAAGUAUGAAGAUAUCUGCCCAUCAACACACAACAUGGAUGUACCCCAUGUCAAGAGAGAAGAUUAUCAAUUAACAGACAUUGAUGAUGGUUAUUUGUGUUUGAUGUCUGACAAUGGAGAUCUUCGUGAAGAUCUUAAAAUUCCAGACGGUGAUUUGGGAGUACAAUUACGUGCUGAUUUUGAUGCUGGAAAAGAACUUCUUUGCACUGUAUUGAAAGCCUGCGGUGAAGAAGUCGUCAUCGCCAUCAAAACCAACACUGCCCUGGACAAAUAAUUAUGUUCAGUUAAUACUGUACACAACUUCACCAAUCGCUUAGCCAAUCAACACUUAACCAUUGAUAUACAAUAUAUGUAUGUGGACAUUCACAUAUAUCUCAAUAUAUAUAUGAAUAACACAUUAUUAUUAUUGUAUUUAUCAAUUGUUUCAACAAUAACAACAAUCUUCAAAGCAGCGAAGAAUAAUUUACAUCUUUUUUAUCAAAGUAAUACCAUUAAAAAAACUUACCAAAAUAAUAAUAAAAAACAUAAAAAAAUUAAUCAUAUGUUAAUUGGGUCAUGAUAUAUAUAUUUAUCCUAAUCGGCAUAUGCUUGGAACAAAAAAAAAAAAAAUACAAAAUUUUCAAAUAAACAAAUAAAAAGUUGUGUAAAGUAAUAUUAACUGUAUUAACGUGAGCUUUUAUCUGCGUUUACAGUUUGACUGACAAAUAAAUAAAACACACACACAUGUUGUUUGUUAUAAAUAAGAUAUAAAGCGACAAAAAAAAAUCAUUAUCAUCCAAAGGAUUGAUUGAUGAAUAAAUUUUGAAAGAGCCUUUUUUUUUUUUUUCUUCAUAAAUUUUGAUUAUUAUAUUAUUUUCUUUCUAAGCUAUUUUUACGAAUAGAAAUUAUAUCUCGAUAGUUUUGGGAGAGAGAAAAAUAGAUAAGGACAUGCAUUUAUAAUUUUUUUUUCUUUUUUUUUUCAUUAUUUUUGCUGCUAGAAAGAUUGAUAAUUAAUAAUAUGAAAAAUUGGUGAGGUAAUUUAAUUAUUAAUACAAUGAUAAGUUUGAUUAUUAAUUUGUUGCUGGUUAAAAUUUACUAUCAUGUUUAAAACAACAAAAUUAAAAAAUAUUGGUGAAGUUGGUCACUGAAUAAUUGAUCAAAAAAUGCUUGGAGUUUAUUAUAUUUGUCAAGAAUUGCGAAAAUAAAUUACUAUUGACAGUGAACAAG